UUCCCCUCAGACUGUAAAGUCCCUACUGUGUUUUGCUGAUAGGACAUUAGUCCAGACCAAUAAGUAUGGAGCAGGGAAAAAGCCUAGAGUAUAAAUAUAUGCUGGGAAAGAUCUCCAUAGGUUUUUCCUGUCUCUGGAAGGCAUUCAAGAAUACUACAGAAAAACCUUUAUUCUGAUCAUCAUGAAUAAAGCAUUUGUUCUUGUUCUUUGCUUCAUGUUUGUGGUUUUCACUGCAAUUGAAGGAGACUUGGUUUCCCGUGGAGGAGAGUGCCUGUGUAUCCAAAAAGGUUCUAACUUUGUCUAUCCAAAGCUCUUACAAAAAAUUGAAUUAUUUCCCAAGAGUGCUGCCUGUGAACGCAUUGAGAUUAUCGCCACAAUGAAGCAAACAGGAAAGAAAAGAUGCCUGAACCCUGAUUCCAAACAGGUGAAAUUCCUAAUGAAGACUUUCUUCAUAGACAAGGCUGCCCAAAGCCUUCAUCAGUAAGAAGAAAGACACCAGCAAGAACUUGCUUUUCUGGUGUUUUGGAUCUCUGGAUGCUUCCCCUCCUGGUAGCAGUAAAAAAGCAGCUGCUUGUUUCUCACAGGCCUGGCACAAAUGUAGGUGUUAAGACAGCCACUGAGUCAUCUCAGCAUAGCCUCCUGUGCCAAACUGUCACCAUAGGUAAUGUACCAUCUCUGUGGU